GAUUCUCAUCAGUCUAUCACAGUAUUAUCAAAACAUUGGGGUAAAACUCGUGGUGAAUAUUCAUUUCUUUCCAAAAUUAAGUCAUCAGAACCUCUUCCAAAAAAACUUGAAUAUGAUAGCCGCCUUGUUAUGAAUCGACUUGGUGAAUAUUAUCUAUGUAUACCCAGACCGCUUGAAAUACAGACCGAAAACUAA